UCGGAAACCAAAAAUGUUAUUUCCUCUUAAGCCUUACGGUUUCAUGUUUCCGGUUGUGUGUUGUUGAAAAUGUGGGUUGUGCAUUGAAGGAGAAAUAAAAUAUUAUUAUAGAAGACGUAACCGCGCCGAUCCACCAUGCCGCAGAACGAGUACAUCGAGCGUCAUCGCAAGCUGCACGGGAGGCGCCUCGACUAUGAAGAGCGCAAGCGCAAGCGAGAGGCCCGGGAGCCGAAAAAGCGGGCAGAGAGGGCCAGGAAUUUGCGUGGCCUCAAGGCCAAGAUUUUCAACAAGCAGCGUCGCAACGAGAAGAUACAGAUGAAACGCAAGAUCAAGAUGCACGAGGAGAAGAAGGUGAAAACUGCGACGGAGCAGCCUGCGGACGGUGCGCUGCCGGUGUACCUGCUGGACCGAGAUGUGCAGUCCCGGGCCAAGGUCCUGUCCAACAUGAUCAAGCAGAAGCGCAAGGAGAAGGCCGGCAAGUGGGACGUUCCCAUCCCCAAGGUCAAGGCGCAGGCGGAUGCGGAGGUCUUCCGGGUGCUCCGCAGCGGCAAGUCCAAGCGGAAGGCGUGGAAGCGCAUGGUGACGAAGGUGACGUUCGUGGGCGACGAGUUCACGCGCAAACCGCCCAAGUUCGAGCGCUUCAUCAGGCCGAUGGCCCUCCGCUUCAAGAAGGCGCACGUGACGCACCCGGAGCUGAAGGCCACGUUCUGCCUGCCCAUCAUCGGCGUGAAGAAGAACCCCAGCUCGCCCAUGUACACUUCGCUGGGCGUCAUAACCAAGGGAACGGUGAUCGAAGUGAACGUCAGCGAACUGGGCCUGGUGACGCAGGCAGGCAAGGUGGUGUGGGGCAAGUACGCUCAGGUCACCAACAACCCGGAGAAUGACGGCUGCAUUAACGCUGUGCUCAUUGUUUGAACUGCAGGAUUUGUGAAGCUUUGUAACAAGAAGGCACUUGUGAUUAAAAUCUUGUUGAUUUCACAUAAUACGUGUUCCUUUACUUGUCAGUUGUAAUUUUUGCCUUUGAGUAAAUUUGAAAUCUUUUCAUUUGUAUUAGAGUGGUUUUUUGAUAUAGCAUUUUAUUGUAACUAUUAAAUAGCCUUUCGGAGAA